UGUCGGCAAAUGAUAUGCGCAGAGCGGGUAAGACUGGUAAGAGCAUAAUCAUGUAAAAUUCAGGGUGACAGUGACAUCGCAAACAACCAAAUGUGGCGCCAUGACAGAGUCCAGAAUACUACUUAACUUAUUAUUAAAUCAGGACAAAACAAAACUAACAAAAGAUCAAAGAGGAAGAGAAUUUCAGAUAGAUAGAUUUGGAGAAAGAUAAAGAAAAAUGGGACAAUCAUCGUCAACGGAAACACCCAAUUCCAAAGAGGAGAGAGAAUUGGAAGGCCAAGCUGCUUCUUCUGGUUCUCUUCCUUUGCUUCAGACUUCUUUCUCUAAACUUGCCGAUCCUUCUUCUCACUCUAUUCCUCUCUCUUCUCUUCAGCAAUGUUUUUCUCUAAAGUAUACCAGCAUAAGCUGCGAAAAAGCCAAUGUGCCGGAUUGCUUCCAGGGGUUUUUGGAUCAGAUGGCUGCCUCUAUAACCGAUACACUAUUUGUACCUCAGAAAGGAGGGUUAACUUGGGUGGAAUUUUUAAGAGGUUAUGUGAAAUGCUGUGGGAGGAUAUCAGCUUCAUCGUUGUUGAACAUUAUGUUACGGGUGUUUGCAUUAUCUGCUGAUAGAGCUGGGAGCCCAAUGGGUAUACAUUUUGAUUCUGAGGAACUUGAUGGAAAGAUAAGUGGGUCAAUCUCACCUAGAGAGUUGGGGAUGAUAAUUUGGGUAUGUUGGAUUAUGUCCUGGAAUUCAAGGAGUUCUAAGAGUGCCACGGAAAGUGAGCAUGUGAGCAUACCUGAUCUUAAUCAUUUGGUGUUUUCAGCCGUUGUUUCUUGUAUGGACAAUGGUAGUGAUGUUGAUGUAUGGAAUACUGAUGUAUUAAGUCUCGAAGCUGAGCUGACUGCUGGAAAGAUACAUAUGUGGGCCAUAAGGACACUGCCCAACCUCGCAGAAUGCUUUUCAAAUUUCAUUAGUUCCAGACUUAAAGCUGUAUUUACUGAGCCUACUGGAACAGAAAAUUCAGGGACAAUUGCUGCUGAAUCCACUUCUGCAGAGUCAAACGAAGUUCAUAUUCUAACAUGUGGUAGGGCAUGGGCAAUGACUCUUUCCCAAAGAAGUAACAUAAGUGAGGAGCUUUUGAGGAUAUGCUUCCCUAGCAACAAUGAUGUGAUACCGGAUAGCCUUCUUUAUCGGUCUUAUCAUCACGGGAAAGGGCUAAACAGAUUAUGGUCGAAUGUUGAUGGUUAUCAUGGACCAUUACUAUUGUUGAUCUCUGCCUUUUCAGGUGAAUCCAGUGAGAUCAGCCAGAAAUGGAUCAUCGGGGCACUCGCACAACAAGGGUUCGAAAACAGAGAUGGAUUCUAUGGGAAUGGGGGUUGUCUAUAUUCUAUAUUCCCAGUCUUUCAUGUAUUCUCUGCAUCUGGAACGGAGAAGAACUACCUUUAUAGUCAUUUGCAUUCAACUGUUAGAGCAUAUGAUCCACACCCAAAGCCUGUUGGGAUUGCAUUUGGAGGAACUAGCGGGCAUGAAAGAAUAUUCCUUGAUGAUGACUUUGCAAAGGUUACUGUACGUCAUCAUGCUGUCGACAAAACAUACCAGCAUGGCUCUCUAUUUCCUAAUCAGGGUUACCUUCCUGUUGAAGCAUCAGUCCUUGAUGUGGAAGUGUGGGGAUUGGGUGGUAAGACUGCAAGGGAAAUACAAAUGUCGUACCAGAAGAGAGAGGAGCUUUUCACAGAGCAAAGGCGCACGAUUGACCUAAAAACAUUUACUAACUGGGAAGAUUCUCCGGAGAAGAUGAUGAUGGACAUGAUGUCUAAUCCGAAUACAGUUCGACGUGAGGAUCGGUAAUUUCACAUUUUGAAAUAGCAGAUGACCUGUAUGUUUGUAUUUACGGUGGGAUGUAUCUUAAGUAAUAUAAACAAGCUUUUGCCUCUUGUCAUAUUUUUUUUUUUUCAACUGUAACUGCACAAGUUUAUAUAUAUAUAUAUAUAUAUA